GUAACCUGUGAAGAGAGGAAAAGAGAGGAUUUAGGGAAAGAAACAGGAUUUACCCGCGGUGGGGCUUCAGCAGAAUUAUCCGGGCGUAAAAAAAAGCUUGUUUUUCGCCUAUUGUCGUUUUUCAAACGGAACUUUCAAAGGACAAUUUUCAUUUGCUUCAAAAGAGAAAGAAGAAAAACAACAAAAACUCCACCUGCUGAGCUCAGAGCACCUGCCCGGCGCAGUUACUGAGAGAGGAAGGGAAGUGGGAAACCACUCUCAUCAUUGUCUUCUGCUGCCUUCUGCUUCCUCCUGCGUACCCAUGUAUGCUGAGAAAGUUGUGACAGAGGGGAAGAUGGGGAGCAGGGGUAUCUCUCUGACCUGUGUGUUGACACCCUGGCGUGUGAUGGGCGUUUGUGCAACAAUCAUGACCAUUGGCGCCAUAGGAGCUGCUGUCUGGGUCGUAGUUACAUACUGCACCAUGGAUGAGGACACAGGACUGUAUGAUGUUCAGGUAAAUUCGCCCGACCAACAUCUCAGAGUGUUCGACUCUGCUCAGAAGAGGUGGCGUCAGGUGUGUUCCUCUUCAGCCAACGAACUUCUUGCUAGCAUCAGUUGUGAGGAAGUUGGAUUUGUCAGUGUGGUGAAUUACUCUGUCACAUCAGUGCCAGAAGCCAGUGUUGAUGUUGGAGACUUCUUCUGUGUCCGGCAGGAAGAGCUGAGCUACGGAAAGAAAAUCAAAGACUCAUUGUACCCAUGUGCCUGUGAGAGUGGGGAGGUUCUUACAGUGUUAUGCCAAGACUGUGGCAGGCGAAGUUUUGCUGCAGACCGUAUAGUUGGGGGUGUGGAUGCAAGGCAGGGCAGCUGGCCCUGGCAGGUUAGCUUACAGUAUGAUGGCAUUCACCAGUGUGGAGGAUCCAUCAUCUCAGAUCGCUGGAUUGUUUCUGCUGCUCACUGCUUCCCAGAGCGCAACCGUUUUAUCAAUCGAUGGCGUGUGCUGCUGGGCUCCAUCUACAACAAACCUGUCAAUGCUAACGUGGUAGAAGUGAAGACCAUUGUUUACCACAGUAGCUACCUGCCCUUUGUAGACACCAACAUUGAUGACAACAGCAGAGACAUUGCAGUGCUCUCCCUCACACAACCGCUCACUUUCAAUGAGUACAUCCAGCCUGUCUGCCUGCCAGCAUACGGACAACGACUGAUAGAUGGACAGAUAGGCACCGUGACGGGCUGGGGAAACGUUGGAUACUACGGCCAUCUUGCAGAUGUUCUCCAGGAAGCAAACGUCCCCAUCAUCAGUGAUAGCGUCUGUAAUGCUCCUGAUUACUAUGACAACCAGAUCACCACCAGCAUGUUCUGUGCGGGCUAUGAGAAAGGUGGCAUCGAUGCCUGCCAGGGGGACAGUGGGGGUCCUUUCGUGGCACCUGACUGCCUGUCUAAAAGCAGCCGCUACCGGCUGCUCGGGGUGGUGAGCUGGGGAACGGGCUGUGCCAUGGCCAAAAAACCAGGGGUCUACACAAGAGUUGCCAGGUUUCUGCCUUGGAUAUCCACAGCCAUGAGGAACUAUCACAACUCACCAGGUGUUCACAAAUUGGCUCGACCAUGAGAUUCCUGCAAUCAUCUUUCUGCUCUCUCUACUUUUGGAUGAGACCAGGAACAUUUUCCAUCGAUGAUACUGUGACCCUGUGACAGGGAAGUGAAAAACUGUGAACUUCCGCUUGGGUCAGGGCUUCAGACAUUUAUUUUGACUGAAACAUUCCCCACUUCCUGAGCCUUAAUGCAUCACCGAAGGUGUGUCAAUACGGUGUAGCAAACAAGUUAAACCAGUUGUUUUGUGCCGUUAUGAAGACAUAUGGAGGCAAGAAAUAUACCUAAUAUCAGAAUCACUAAACUGAAUUUUACUUUUGAAAACCGUGUUUAGUUUAUUUUUUUCCAAUAUCUGUGAAGUAGACAUUGGACUUGAAGUAGAGAUAUCUGUUUUGGCAUUGGAGUUUAACCGCAAUAUACUGCACAUAUUAAGCUCGAUCAGCCUGAGCUAUUCUGGAAGGAAACUUGAUUUAAAAAAAGGUUAUCUUUCUGGAGAUUUUAUCAACCCUUUAGAUGAAUCGCUGUCUUCAGUGCUGGACUUACUGCUGACAGUGCGUAUAGUAGACAUGCUAAGUCCACUUAAACACUAUAUAUAAGCUAACUCAAGCUGACAAAUCUAUGCAUACAAUCAGAAACCUAAAAAAAUCUAAGUGUUUAAUAUUAAUUGUUUUCUGAUGUUGCAGCACAGUGGAAAUGCCAGUUUUCUUUUCACUUGUACUUAUGUGAUAUGCACCUUCUCUUUUGUGUUUUAUAAUACAUUUUAUAAUAAAAUUUCCACACAACGUU